ACCUCGCUCCUCAUCAUGAGCCUCGACGCUGCGAGGGCCCGAGAUGCAGACGGCCCUGUGGCUGAAGAUGCCGCGGCAGCGCCAGUACUGGUCGCGAACCAUGAUAGCCACGACGGAACAGCGCCAGCAGAUGCGCAGACAAGCCCGUCCAGACCCACCACGUCGAGCAAUGCCGCCCCAAAGGUCCUGUUGCCCGCCUCGUCCUCGCGCGGCUGGUUGAGCAGCGUGCGCCGCCCAAAGACGUCGCCAGGUCCCAGAGCAUCAGCAUUGAAGAGAACACUACUGACCGAAGAUGAUGCGCGGAGAGAUUCGGCCCUAGCGUCCUCCAACUCCACCGCCAGCACCGACCUCAACACUCACCUUGCCCCGUCCACGCCCGACAGCCUGCGCCCGACACCGAGUUUGCCCGCCAUCGUCGUUCAGAAUGACCCUUCGCCGCGCCCUAGUCGAGAUACGUCACGUCUGUCCCGAUCAGCGACACGCUCGCCACCUCCAAACCUGCCCCCGCAGCAGGACCUCCAGGACCCCUUCACCCUCGAUACCAUCAUCCCCACUGGCGGAUUCGACGACCUUACCUCGCCCAGUCAGGUCUCCUUUUCCAAGAGGGGAAGCAUGCUGCUGGGUGGAAAGCGUGCAAAUAGAAUGAACAAGCAAUCUGGUCCCGCCGCCGAAACACCACCCACGCCCACAGUGUCCCCGCCGCAAGAAGACAACAGCGAGAACAACGAAAAGGAUGGGCAGGAUGGGCAAGACGCAAAUGCCAAACCUCAAUCGCAAGACGAACAGCAAACUACAUCCGCGACGCCGCGGCUGGCGCCUCGCCCUUCGUCGCGGUACUCCGCUAGGGGUCGCGUGAUCAGCAACCGUGUCUUGUCAACCGAUGAGAUGAUGCUUUCGCGCAAGGUCCGCGCCAUGUACCAGCAUGGAAACGAAAGCGCAGCGGGUUGGGACACGGUGGAAGAAGAGGACGAAAGUGUCAACAAAAGUACCGCAGACGAUGGCAGUUUCGUCGAUACAACGGCUGGUGGCUCCACUUUGACCGUGGAUAAAACUCGCGACGAAGCGGCCUCGAUUAUGAGCUCGAGACGGGGCAGCCAAUCGCUGAUCGCCAAAGAACCAAAUGAGAUUGCGGGGGGUAUCGAGGAUUGGUCCGAGAUGGAGGGUGGGGAGGUCGACCGUUAUGGCUUCAUCAUCCCGAAAAAGGUAGAUUCGCAAGGAUCACAAAACGGCAUCGAUGGUCCAGACGUACCUCGGAUGCACCGUGUCACAACUGCCCUGCAGCUGGUAUCAGAAGAGCCUAGGAAACGGGGAAUUGGUCGCAGUGUUUCCAAAGCACGCUCCGCCGCCACAUCAAAAUCCAACACAGAGACCCGCAGGCGGCGUCUGUCGCAGAAGUCCAACAAGCCAGCCUCAUCCAUAUUCUCGAAUCGCACAGCUCGGAGCACGCCGCAAAAGAUACGGUCAGCCACCAACAGGUUACCCCACAACAGAAAUCGACGGCUACUCGAUGAAGCAAGCGACAUGCUCAAACUCCCCCCAGGUCUUGCUGAAAUGGCCGAGGAGAAGGAAGGCGGUAGGCACGCCAGACUGAUGAAGGCCAAAGAGAUUGAGCGCGAGGAGAAAUGGCGGAAAAUGGCCAAGGUGGUGCAGAGUGGCGCAAGCAGUGGAGCCAUGAUGUUUGAAUUCGACGUCAAAGAUCCCAAAGUUGUGUCACGUACCUGGAAAGGCAUUCCGGAUCGUUGGAGGGCUACAGCGUGGUAUGCCUUCCUCGCUGCCAGUGCCAAAGCCGACAAAGACAGCCCGACCGAUGAGGAGCUGGUCGCUAGCUACUAUGAAUUGCAGGAAGAAAGCUCUGCAGAUGACAUGCAGAUUGAUGUUGAUGUGCCUCGAACCAUCAAUCGGCACAUCAUGUUUCGCCGCAGGUAUCGAGGAGGCCAACGCCUUCUUUUUCGAGUCCUCCACGCCAUGUCCCUUUACCUCCCUGAUACGGGCUAUGUGCAAGGCAUGGCUGCACUGGCGGCCACACUGCUCUGCUACUACGAAGAGGAUAGGGCCUUUGUUAUGUUAGUUCGCUUGUGGAUGCUUCGGGGCUUGGAACGCCUGUAUGAAUCCGGAUUCGCUGGAUUGAUGGAUGCCUUGGACGAUUUCGAAAAGAAUUGGCUACGCAAUGGCGAUGUAGCCAAGAAACUGGAGGAGUUAUGCAUAACCUCGACCGCAUAUGGUACGCGAUGGUAUCUAACCUUGUUCAACUAUUCGCUUCCUUUCCCCGCCCAACUCCGCGUAUGGGACAUCUUUAUGCUAUUGGGCGACGCCUCCUAUUCAAACGACCCGGCAUCGAAAUUUAGCGGCGAUCUGGACGUGCUGCAUGCAACCUCCGCAGCACUGAUCGACGCGACCCGCGAAAUCCUAAUGGACUCUGAUUUCGAAAAUGCAAUGAAAGUCCUGACUUCGUGGGUACCGAUCAAGGACGAGGACCUCUUGAUGCGAGUGGCCAAGACCGAAUACAAACUACGCAAGAAACGCGCCGCUGUACGUUAG